GAAACUCAAGCCCGAAAUGCAAUUUUGCGACGAGGUGCUGGCGGAGCUCAUGCACCCCAAGAACUCGACGCUCAACACGUGGUUCCUCGACGCCGUCGACGCCGAGGGCCUCAACAUCCCCGACUACUACUCCAUCAUCAAGAAGCCCAUGGACCUGGGCAAGGUAUCGCGCAUGGUCAACAGCGGCGAAAUCACAAACGCCAAGGAGUUUGACAAGAACGUGCGCCUCAUCUUUGCCAACUGCUACCAGUUCAACGGCCCGCCCGACCAGGGCAACCCCGUGUCCAACCUGGCCAAGCAGCUGGAGAACCUCUACGUCCAGCUGAUGAAGGGCAAGGAUGCCUGGCUAGCCAAGUACGCAAAGUCCAACGCGCCCGCCGCGUCUGCGUCCAACGCCAGUGACGAGGACGACGACGACGAGAGCGACGACGACGAGCCCGCGGCGCCCGCCGUGGACAACUCCAAGGAGCUCCAGGAGCUCAAGGCCAAGCUGGAGGAGGAGAGCAGCAAGCUCAACAGCAUGUUCGCGUCGGGCACCCCGCAGGCGCUGAUUGACUGCCAGAGGGUGAUUGUCGACACGGUGCAGCAGGCGCUGUACAAGGUGGCGCAGAAGCAGAGCGAGGCCAAGCCCAAGCACCAGGACAAGUCGGCCAAGAAGUCGAGCAAGCCCAGCAAGAGCAAGGCGGCGGGCAGCGCCCCUUCACGCAAGUCGUCGACCCACGCACCGCCUCCCAAGAAGUCGAGCAGCGCCAAGAAGCCCGCGCCCAAGAGGACGCUUUCUCCGGCGGACAAAGAUCAGAUUGCUAGCGCCAUCAAUGACCUUGAAUACCCUCACCUCGAUCGCGCCAUUGACAUUAUCAAGCGUGACACUGGCCAGAAUGAAAACAACGAGGGCGAGCUUGAACUGGAUAUCGACCAGCUUAGCAGCGACGCGCUCAACAAGCUAUGGGACCUCUGCAAGAAGGUGCUCCCGGGAUUCGGUAAAGACUCAAACGCCACAACCAAAUCGCCGGAAGUUAAUCGGGCGGUUCCCGCAAAGCAGGCCCCUAAAUCGGCUUCGAAGCCCAAGAAGAACAAGCCCAUGAGCGCACAGGAGCAGGAGGCUCGCAUCGCGCAGCUGACAGCCAUCCAACAGCUGUACAAGCCCGGCCAAGAGCCUGCCGAUGACGCCUCGCAUGCGCCGGCGCACAACCGCCACGACGAGUCCAGCGACGACUCGGAUUCUGAGGAAGAGUAAUUGCCGGGGCGUAGCUGAUUCUGCGGCACCGACAAAGAGCUGCGCGCUGGCCAUGACCACUCGUUUGGGUACCGACCGAUUUCUGGCCGAUAAUGAUGCGACGGCCGGAUGCAUUGUCCGAGGGCCAUGGACGGACCGGGUGGAUAAAAGAGGCGUUGGGGAGUUUGGGCCGGUAACGACAGGGUUUGCGGAAGCCUUUU